AAAGAUGACAAUUCAAAGUUUUGGGCGACGUACAAGAAAAUUUCGGCUGAACACGACAACGACUUCCUCGAGCAGGCUAAUGACGAUAUGGGCAUUAUUCUAACUUUUGCUGCUAUAUUCGCAGCCGUCAACUCCACCUUCAUCGUUGGCAUGCAGCCUAAUCCAGGAGACACUACAAAUGCCCUCCUCCUCUAUUUAAUUCAGAUGUCUGUCAAUGGCCCAAAUUCCGUACCUGACAUCAACACUCUUUCAUCAUCUACGGGAUUUCCCUCUUCAACGGUCUGGAUGCAAUCACUCGCCUAUGCUAGCCUCGCAUUUAGCGUCUUGGCCGCGUUCGGAGCUGUCUUGGGCAAACAAUGG